GUCAAAGAACGCACAGCUGCAUUCGCGGGUGGGUCACAAAGCCGUACGCGCGUUUCGUAUCACGCGCAGCUGACCGUUAAAUAGGCCGAUAAUUAUGUGUUAAAAUUUCUCAAAAAUGUCGAAUAUACCGCUAGUACGCCGCGCUAUUGCAGGUGCCUCCCUGGCCCAUACACCAGUGGACAAUAAUUUAGUGAACCAAGUUCAGGAAGAUCAGUGGACUCCAGCUGCUUUGGAGAGAGCUGGGUCUACACUUAAGGCUCUGAACCGUAUGGCUAAAAGACCACCGGUACAUAUACUCUUCGAAGAUGUUUGUUAUACUGUCAGUUCAAAAAAAGGAGAACGCCGUAUUCUACACAGCGUUUCUGGUGAAUUUCGUUCGGGCGAACUAACGUGUAUUCUGGGACCUUCCGGCGCUGGGAAGUCCACUUUACUGAACAUCCUCGCUGGUUACACAUCAAAUGGAGUCAACGGAAGAAUUUCAGUAAAUGGACAAGCGAGAGAUAUGAGGGUUUUCAAAAAACUCAGUAGCUAUAUCAUGCAGGAUGAUCUUCUUCAACCAAGACUAACAGUUGGUGAGUCCAUGAAAAUCGCAGCGGACUUGAAACUGGGUAAGGAGUUGGGUGAUGCUGAAAAGGAAUUAAUCGUAGAAGAAAUCCUCCAAACGAUUGGUUUGUGGCAACACCGGGAUACGAUGUCACAGCAUCUUUCCGGGGGACAAUCUAAAAGGCUGUCAGUCGCCUUGGAGUUGGUGAAUAAUCCUCCUAUUAUGUUCCUGGACGAGCCAACCACAGGUCUAGACGUCGUGUCUAUACGUCAGCUGGUGGUACUAUUACGUCUGCUCUCUCGCCAGGGCCGAACUAUUAUCUGCACAGUACAUCAACCUUCAGCGUCUCUAUUCUCUCUUUUUGAUAGAGUUUAUGUAUUGUCAAGAGGACUUUGUUGCUACCAGGGUGCAUCUCCACUCCUAGUACCUUUCCUGGCUGAGAUUGGCCAUAUUUGUCCUGUGACCCACAAUCCCGCCGAUUUCGUACUUGAAACUCUUGUCAGCACCGCUGAAGCGCCAGCACAAAUGUCAGAAUUGUGUCAAAACGGAAAGCUCUGCCGACAGCUAGACAAAAUGAAAUCUAAAGGAGGACGCAAACCGGUUUUACAUUCAGACGAGUCAAUACAAAGGAUUUUUGUGGAGCACGUCGCCAAAGAACAGCUACUCAGAAUGGAAUUUGCGACAACGUUUUUGAGUCAGUUCUGGAUAUUGCUAAAACGAAUGAUGUUACAGACUAAACGCAAUUCCACAGCUUUAUGGAUCCAGUUAAUUCACCAUAUUCUGGCAGCCGUGUUACUUGGUGGCAUCUUCUAUCAGAUCGGCAACGAUGGCACCACGCCUAUCGCAAAUUUCAAGUUUUGUAUCAGCUGCCUUGUGUUCUUCAUGUAUACUUAUGUCAUGAUACCUGUACUGCUUUUUCCUAUGGAAAUGCGUAUGCUACGACGUGAAUACUUCAAUCGAUGGUAUAGUUUAAAGGCUUAUUAUGCGGCCCUUACUAUAUCAUCUGUACCAGUUAUGAUGAGCCUAGGCAUGCUGUUUAUAGUAAUAAGCUACGUGAUGUCUGGUCAACUUAUGGAGUUAGACCGCUUCGUGUUGUUCUCUAUAGUGGGUCUUCUAACUGGAUUCUGCUCCGAAGGUUUGGGCCUCUUAGUGGGAUCAACGUUUAGUGUAACGAACGGUUCCAUAGUGGGCCCGGCAACACUAGCGCCACUCUUAGCUCUCUGCUGCUACGGCAUGGGUUUCGGCCAAUUUAUUGAACCAUUUAUGAAAAUUCUUAUGUCAGUGUCCUACUUACGAUACGCACUUUCUGGUCUCUGCUUGGCAAUUUACAACAAACGACCUAAUAUGGAUUGCGAUGAUAUCUUCUGUGUCUAUUCCGAUCCAAGGUUAUUGUUGCGAGAUGUAGGAAUAAUGAAUGACAAUUAUAUCAUACAAAUAAUCGCUCUCGUAAUUUUUACGGCUUUACAUAGAAUCAUCGCAUACUUUGCGUUACGUUACCGCCUCACUGCAGAGUUUACAAGCAAGUUCAUGACAUACAUCAGCAAAUUUUUGAAACACAGAUAGGUCAUAAAUUGAUUAAGUACUCUUUAUCAACCAUAGACACGGUUUUGUCUAUUUAUAGAAGUAAAAAAUAUUGUAUAUUAUGGUAGUUGUCUCACAAUAGGCGCUGGUUGUCUAUUAUCGCUGCUUAUUAUCGCCCAGUUUCUGAAAUGAUUAUUAAGGUAAAGAUUUGCAAUACUUAAGUUCUCCUCCUUCUUAAGUUUCUAAAACUUUUAGCAUUCAUUAUAUACGUUUACGAUAUUUAAAUGAUUCUCACAGUAAUAAAACCCUUAAAACUAUUUGACCAGUUUCAAUCUCAUUUAUUAAGUUUCUGCAUCUCGAGUUGAAUAAUGUUAAUGAUCAUAAC